GGUCUCCCGCCAGCUCCCGGGUGACGCGGAGCUCCGGCCGGCAGCCCUCCAUCCUGGCCGUGUUUUCCAAGGGAUCCGCCAAGCGGAAGUCGGACGAGGUGAAUGGGGAGGUGAAGCGGGAGAAGAGCCUGGAAAAGGAGGAAGAGGAGCUGGAAGAGGUGCGUGCCGGAGAGCAGGAUGAGAAAAGGAUUAAAAUGGAAACCAAAGAAGGGUCCGAGAUAAAAGACGAAAUUCCUCAGGUUAAAAUGACGCUGCCUGCGAAAACCACCCCUCCGAAGUGCAUGGACUGCCGGCAGUACCUGGACGACCCCGACCUCAAGUUCUUCCAAGGGGAUCCCGACGAUGCCCUGGACGAGCCGGAGAUGCUGACGGACGAGCGCUUGUCCCUGUUCGACGCCAACGAGGACGGAUUCGAGAGCUACGAGGACCUUCCCCAGCACAAAGUCACCUCUUUCAGCGUCUACGACAAGCGGGGCCACUUGUGCCCGUUCGACACGGGGCUCAUCGAGAGGAACAUCGAGUUGUAUUUCAGCGGCGCCGUGAAGCCCAUUUACGACGACAACCCGUGUCUGGACGGAGGGGUGAGAGCCAAGAAGUUGGGGCCCAUAAACGCCUGGUGGAUCACGGGAUUCGACGGAGGGGAGAAGGCCCUGAUCGGCUUCACCACAGCCUUCGCCGACUACAUCCUGAUGGAUCCCAGCGAGGAAUACGCGCCCACCUUCGCGCUCAUGCAGGAGAAGAUCUACAUGAGCAAGAUCGUGGUGGAGUUCCUGCAGAACAACCGCGACGUCAGCUACGAGGACCUGCUCAACAAGAUCGAGACCACGGUGCCUCCGGCGGGCCUCGACUUCCACCGCUUCACGGAGGACUCGCUGCUCCGGCACGCGCAGUUCGCGGUGGAGCGCUACGACGAGGCCGGCGACAGCGACGAGCCGCCCGUGCUCAUCACCCCCUGCAUGCGGGACCUCAUCAAGCUGGCCGGCGUCACCUUGGGAAAACGGCGAGCGGCGCGGCGCCAGGCCAUCCGGCACCCCACCAAAAUAGACAAGGACAAGGGCCCCACCAAGGCCACCACCACCAAGCUGGUGUACCUCAUCUUCGACACCUUCUUCUCCGAGCAGAUCGAGAAGGACGAGAAGGAGGACGACAAGGAGAACGCCACCAAGCGCCGCCGCUGCGGCGUCUGCGAGGUCUGCCAGCAGCCCGAGUGUGGCAAGUGCAAGGCCUGCCAGAACAUGGUGAAAUUCGGGGGCAGCGGCCGCAGCAAACAGGCCUGUUUGCAGAGGAGGUGCCCUAAUCUGGCCGUGCGAGAGGCCGAUGAGGACGAGGAGGUGGACGACAACAUCCCCGAGAUGCCCUCGCCCAAGAAGAUGCUGCAGGGCAGGAAGAAGAAGCAGAACAAGAGCCGCAUCUCCUGGGUCGGGGAGCCCGUCAAGAGCGACGGGAAGAAGGAUUAUUACCAGAAAGUCUGCAUCGACUCGGAGACGCUGGAGGUGGGCGACUGCGUCUCCGUGAGCCCCGACGACCCCACCAAGCCCCUCUACUUAGCCAGGGUGACGGCCAUGUGGGAGGACAGCAGCGGGCAGAUGUUCCACGCGCACUGGUUCUGCCCCGGCACCGACACGGUCCUGGGAGCCACCUCGGACCCCCUGGAGCUCUUCCUGGUGGACGAGUGCGAGGACAUGCAGCUCUCCUACAUCCACGGCAAGGUCCAAGUCAUCUACAAGGCGCCCUCGGAAAACUGGGCCAUGGAGGGCGGGCUGGACAUGGAGAUCAAGAUGGUGGAGGACGACGGCAGGACCUACUUUUACCAGAUGUGGUACGACCAGGAAUACGCCCGCUUCGAGUCCCCUCCGAAAACGCAGCCCACGGAGGACAACAAGUACAAGUUCUGCAUGAGCUGCACGCGCCUGGACGAGGUGAGGCAAAAGGAGAUUCCCAAAGUGGCCGAGCCCCUGGAAGAAGGGGACGGGAAGAUGUUCUACGCGCUGGCGACCAAGAACGGAGUGCAGUACAGGGUAGGAGACGGUGUCUACCUCCUGCCGGAAGCCUUUUCCUUCAGCAUGAAACCCGCCAGCCCGGCCAAGCGCCCCAAGAAGGAGGCGGUGGACGAGGAGCUGCACCCGGAGCACUACCGCAAAUACUCGGAGUACAUCAAGGGCAGCAACCUGGACGCGCCGGACCCGUACCGCGUGGGCCGCGUCAAGGAGAUCUUCUGCAACAUCCGCAGCAACGGCAAGCCCAACGAGGCCGACAUCAAGCUGCGCAUCUACAAGUUCUACAGGCCGGAGAACACGCACAAGUCCAUGAAGGCCAGUUACCACGCGGACAUCAACCUGUUGUAUUGGAGCGACGAGGAGGCCACGGUGGAUUUCCGCGCCGUGCAGGGCCGCUGCACCGUGGUGUACGGCGAGGACCUCACGGAAAGCAUCCAGGAUUAUUCCGCCGGCGGCCUGGACCGCUUCUAUUUCCUGGAGGCUUACAACGCGAAAACCAAGAGUUUCGAGGAUCCUCCCAACCACGCGCGGAGCGCUGGGAAUAAAGGGAAGGGCAAAGGGAAAGGGAAAGGGAAAGGCAAAGGGAAAGCGUCUCCGAGCUGCGAGCAGAGCGAGCAGGAGCCUCCCGAUCCGAAGCUUCCCAAACUGCGGACGCUGGACGUGUUCUCCGGCUGCGGAGGCCUCUCCGAGGGCUUCCACCAGGCAGGCGUUUCGGAGACGCUGUGGGCCAUCGAGAUGUGGGAACCGGCGGCUCAGGCCUUCCGGCUCAACAACCCCGGCAGCACCGUGUUCACCGAGGACUGCAACGUCCUCCUCAAGCUGGUCAUGUCCGGCGAGAAGACCAACUCGCUGGGGCAGAAGCUGCCGCAGAAGGGCGACGUGGAGAUGCUCUGCGGCGGCCCCCCGUGCCAGGGCUUCAGCGGCAUGAACCGCUUCAAUUCCCGCACCUAUUCCAAGUUCAAGAACUCCCUGGUGGUCUCCUUCCUCAGCUACUGCGACUACUACCGGCCGCGCUUCUUCCUGCUGGAGAACGUGCGGAAUUUCGUGUCCUUCAAGCGCUCCAUGGUGCUCAAGCUCACCCUGCGCUGCCUCGUGCGCAUGGGCUACCAAUGCACCUUCGGGGUGCUGCAGGCCGGGCAGUACGGCGUGGCGCAGACGCGCCGCCGGGCCAUCGUGCUGGCCGCGGCGCCCGGGGAGAAGCUCCCCAUGUUCCCGGAGCCGCUGCACGUGUUCGCGCCGCGCGCCUGCCAGCUCAGCGUGGUCGUGGACGACAAGAAAUUCGUCAGCAACAUCACGCGGACGUAUUCCGGGCCUUUCCGGACCAUCACGGUGCGGGACACCAUGUCCGACCUGCCCGAGGUGCGGAACGGGGCGUCCGCCCUGGAGAUCUCCUACAACGGGGAGCCGCAGUCGUGGUUCCAGCGGCAGAUCCGGGGCUCCCAGUACCAGCCCAUCCUCAGGGAUCACAUCUGCAAG